AUGGCGGAGGAAUCCGAAAAAGUGUCUUCUUCAACAUCACAGAAAUCAUUUGAUCACAAGCAACCCGAGAACAAAGAUUUUAAAACUCAGGCUCAAGGUUCUUCUGGGUUUCGAAGUUAUCCUCAUGGAUUGAAUCCAGUGCAGUACGAGGAACAUAUGAUGAAUCGUGGAGCCGGCAUUUAUGCGCUCUGGGCCAAGUAA